AGUCAGUAUUCCAUGCCAUGAAAAAUAGCGAUAGUUAACAUCUGUUAGGCACUCGCAUUCGCAUUUAGUGCUCCCGGUAACCAAGGUGCUAGCAUUAUUACCACCUCAAAGGGAGAAAACUGAAGCAUGGAGAAGUCACAGGCCCACCCGCACAGAACCAGAGAGGGUGGCAGAGCGGGCCUUCGAACGCCCCGCAGGCGAGCUCCACGCACCUCUACAUUAGAGAUAACUAAAAAAUAUAGACAAAGAAACCCCAGCUAGAUAGAUAAUUCUCGCUGGAUCCUGCGGCCGUCGACCGUGAGACCUGCGUUAAAGAGAGAAGCGCAGGUCGUAGAGAGCAGCCCCGCGCUGAGACGACGAAAUAGGUCGAAUGAAAGGGACAGUGCGAAGGGGUAACGGGCUUUCCUGGCCGGGGCUCCGGGCACCUGCGGGAAGGGCGGAGAAUCGCGGCUCCUUUCCCGCCGCGCCCUCUCCCCGCCUCCUUCCCGGGUGUCCCGAGGCCUCCCCUCACCCGACGGUCGAGACCCCUCAGGCUUUGCCUCCUGAGAGCCGAGGUCCCCUGACAGCGGAGGUGCCCGCGGGUCCGGGAGAGCGAAGGCCCCUGAGUGCCAGUGGUGGUGUUGUCCCUUGUCACCUGGAACCCCAUGCAGCUGGAAUCCAGGCCUAGCAGGGCUGGGGCCCGUACCCGAUUCCUACCCCUGAGGUCACAGUGCCCCGACGGGGCAGGGGACACAGUGAUGUACGCCUCCACCGAGUGCAAGGCUGAGGUGACACCUUCCCAGCAUGGCAACCGCACCUUUAGCUACACACUGGAGGACCACACCAAGCAGGCCUUUGGCAUCAUGAAUGAGCUGCGGCUCAGCCAGCAGCUGUGUGAUGUCACGCUGCAGGUCAAGUACCAGGACGCACCUGCCGCCCAGUUCAUGGCCCACAAGGUGGUGCUGGCCUCGUCCAGCCCCGUCUUCAAGGCCAUGUUCACCAACGGGCUGCGGGAGCAGGGCAUGGAGGUGGUGUCCAUUGAGGGCAUCCACCCCAAGGUCAUGGAGCGUCUCAUCGAGUUCGCCUACACAGCCUCCAUCUCCAUGGGCGAGAAGUGCGUGCUCCAUGUCAUGAAUGGUGCUGUCAUGUACCAGAUCGACAGCGUUGUCCGUGCCUGCAGUGACUUCCUGGUGCAGCAGCUGGACCCCAGCAACGCCAUUGGCAUCGCCAACUUCGCCGAGCAGAUCGGUUGUGCCGAACUGCAUCAACGUGCCCGCGAGUACAUCUAUAUGCACUUUGGGGAGGUGGCCAAGCAAGAGGAGUUCUUCAACUUAUCCCACUGCCAGCUGGUGACUCUUAUCAGCCGGGAUGAUCUGAAUGUGCGCUGCGAGUCCGAGGUCUUCCAUGCCUGUAUCAACUGGGUCAAGUACGACUGUGAGCAGCGACGCUUCUAUGUGCAGGCGCUGCUGCGGGCCGUGCGCUGCCACUCGCUCACGCCCCACUUCCUGCAGAUGCAGCUACAGAAGUGCGAGAUCCUGCAGUCGGACUCCCGCUGCAAGGACUACCUGGUCAAGAUCUUCCAGGAGCUUACCCUGCACAAGCCCACACAAGUGAUGCCAUGCCGGGCACCCAAGGUGGGCCGGCUCAUAUACACCGCCGGUGGCUACUUCCGCCAGUCCCUCAGCUACCUGGAGGCCUACAACCCCAGUGAUGGCACGUGGCUCCGCUUGGCAGACCUGCAGGUCCCUCGGAGUGGCCUGGCAGGUUGCGUGGUGGGUGGGCUGCUGUAUGCCGUGGGCGGCCGGAACAACUCACCCGAUGGCAACACUGACUCCAGCGCCCUGGACUGCUACAACCCCAUGACCAACCAGUGGUCACCCUGUGCCCCCAUGAGUGUGCCACGCAACCGAAUCGGGGUUGGGGUCAUCGAUGGGCACAUCUAUGCCGUUGGCGGCUCCCAUGGCUGCAUCCACCACAACAGCGUGGAGAGGUAUGAGCCAGAGAGGGACGAGUGGCACUUGGUGGCCCCAAUGCUGACGCGGAGGAUCGGGGUGGGAGUGGCUGUCCUCAACCGUCUGCUCUAUGCCGUGGGCGGCUUCGAUGGGACGAACCGCCUGAACUCGGCGGAGUGUUACUACCCAGAGAGAGACGAGUGGCGAAUGAUCACACCCAUGAACACCAUCCGCAGUGGGGCAGGAGUCUGUGUCCUGCACAACUGCAUCUAUGCCGCGGGGGGCUACGACGGUCAGGACCAGCUGAACAGUGUGGAGCGCUAUGACGUGGAGACAGAAACGUGGACGUUCGUAGCUCCCAUGAAGCAUCGGCGGAGUGCCCUGGGGAUUACUGUGCACCAGGGGAGAAUCUAUGUCCUCGGAGGCUACGACGGUCACACGUUCUUGGACAGUGUGGAGUGUUAUGACCCAGACACGGACACCUGGAGUGAGGUGACCCACAUGACAUCCGGCCGGAGCGGGGUGGGUGUUGCUGUCACCAUGGAACCCUGCCAGAAGCAGAUCAACCAGCAGAAUUGUACCUGUUGAGCCUCUUUGGUUUCUGGGGGAAAAAUGGUCCCAUUGAGAGUAUUGUCAUUUUUGUACAGAAACAGGGACAAAAGAAAAGGGACAGAGCAAAUGCUUAUCCUCCAGGAUGGGAGGCUGGGAUGCCUCAGUGUUAAAAUGACAACUUGAAAGAAGGCCAGAGUGGGAACCCAUGAGCCCGUCAGAGUAGUCCCAGGAAUGUCCAAGAGAGCCUGCCUGGGAUGGGGUACAGGAAGGGUGGGCUCCCGGGAGAGAAACCCCCAUACCCACUACCCCAAGACUAGGCCUGGCUCCUACAACAGCAGCCGCCACCUCCCUUUGGGGUAAAAGCAGGGGUUGAGGUCGGGCUGGUUUUUGUUCCCUGCAUCUUUGUGAUUGGUUCCUAGAGGCCUGGGAAGGAGCCAACUGAGGCCUCAGGGGUGAGGCCCUUCUGGAGGUCCGGACCCUGGGAGGGGCCUGUACAUAGAAACCACUGGAUAUCUCUGCCCUGGACAGUCAUUUUGUUGAUAAGUAACCGUGUAACUUUCCAAUGAAAAUAAAGAACAAACUAACUAGUGUC